CUCACAUAUAUAAGAAGUCGCAUUCGUGGCAGUCACACAUACCAGUGUGCUGAGAACGCUUCCGGACCACACCCUCUCCCUCUCCCCUUGUUACUCAGUCAAGUUGCUAUAGUACGCCAUGAAGACUGCCACCGUUAGCUACGUUUUGGUCAUAGCCAUUAUGGCUGCCUGUGUGGAGUUUAUUGAGUGCGAUCGUCUGCCCACAAAUGGGAUCCGUGUAUACAUCAGCAGCUUGUCAGGCAACCUGGAGGUAAAGAAACAACAACAGUGGAUACAGAUGGUUCUCAGCGGGAAGAACAUCGACGCACAGUACAUCGAUAUCUCCUCAAACGCCGCCGCUAAGGAAUUCAUGAGGGAAAAAGCAGGACCGUUUACUGUUCCUCCACAGCUUUUUAACGGCGAGGAAUACCUUGGUGAUUACCAAGCUUUUGAGGAAGCAGUUGAAGACAGACGUCUUAUGGAAUUCCUAAAGUUGAACUGAUUUAUCUCGUGGUUAAAAAUAAAGUUUGAGACACUGUCAAGACGUCAAGGCACGCGAAUUCACAUGUGUAAUAUACUUCAACUACCAUUUUGACAAAAACCUAACAAGAUAUAAAAAAAAAAAAAACAGAAAUGUCUGAAGCUGGACGAGCUGAGAUGAUUGUACUGCAUGGGUACAUACCGGUACAUAAUGAAUAGUAAAAUGAAUAAUAGAAUAAAUAGAGCCUUAGUACAAAUUAUAACUUGCCAUGAUAUGUGUUAACUGUGCUGAUAAUUGUUUAAGGAAAAUGAUAUUCAAUAUGUUGCACUCUUUCAGGAGAAGCAUUUAUUAUUUUGCAACCUAGGCUUAAAUUCUUCAUGCACCUUGCAUUUGAAUACAAAUUUCUGUUGUGAGUUCUGCUUUAUUACAUUCAAGAUUCCCGCGUCAAGUCACAUGGUACCAGGUGUCAUGCGACACCUGGCGUGACGCGUAAACAAUACAUAGACUAAAACACUACAUUCCUCCCCAUCUUAUUUUCAAAACAUGCUUAUAUACAAACCACUGAUGAAUAAGAUAAGUGUGAAGUAAUUACAAUUGUUGAAAUAAUUUUAACAUACAUACGGAUUACACUUUAUUAACAGCAUCUUAGUCAACCCUUGCUUUAAAUGACAAUGUUAUGUAUUAUAUGCCUUACAUCAGCACAGUUAGUGAUAAUGAGAUCUAUUUUUGUGCAUAGUAAAUAAUAAUUGUGCAUAUACAUUGCAUAUUAACGGCACAAAUAAAUACAUUAUUUCCUUAUAGCUAAGGUAACAUGUUGUGUUAAACAGUGCAUACUUUCAAUUCCCAUAUUUUUUUUAAUAUACAUGUGCAUGCAUUACUGCAUAAACGGCACAUAUGAACUUUACUUAUCAUGCUAAAUCUGUAUUAUCAACAUGACACAUGCACUUUACUCACAAGACUGUACUGUGCAUCCAAACAGUUUCAAAAUACAUACAACUUCUACGAAUGCCAUGAUAAAGAAAAUGUAUAAUUGUGUCACUUAUGUGAAUACAAUAUUAAAUGCGAAUACAAGCUCAGUUUAAUGUAGCCAAUAUAUAUGCAUGUAAAACAUAGUCAAUGCUUGGUUCAAAGUCAAUAAAGUUCACAGAAAAUGUCCCAUUAUCUCAGUAAAUUGU